GAGUCUACGCACCAGGGUCCCCUAAUGAAAAUCUUAAACUAGAACAGUAUAUUCACCAAAAACCCCUGCCCAAACUCUCUCCAUCUCUCUCUCACACACACAUUCUACUGAGCUGCAAUUCUCUCGUCAAUGGCGGAAACCGAGACCGCCAAUGGAUCGUCUCUGAGAAACGCAUUCGGAAAUGUGCUUGCUGUUUUCAUCCUCAUCUUGAUCGGAGUUCUCGCUUUCUCGAUCCGUCUCUUUUCGGUCAUCAAGUAUGAGAGCGUCAUUCACGAAUUUGAUCCUUAUUUCAAUUAUCGAGUUACUCAGUUUCUCACAAAGAAUGGCAUAUAUGACUUUUGGAACUGGUUUGACGACAGGACCUGGUAUCCACUGGGUCGUGUGAUUGGUGGAACCGUUUAUCCUGGAUUAACACUGACAGCAGGUACCAUGUGGUGGCUUCUGCAUUCUGUGAACAUCCCUUUGUCAGUGGAGACUGUCUGUGUAUUUACUGCACCGGUAUUUUCUGCUUUUGCAUCGUGGGCCACCUACCUUCUCACAAAGGAAGUGAAGGGCCCAGGUGCAGGGUUGACAGCUGCAUUACUUUUGGGCAUGGUUCCAUCUUAUAUAUCUCGAUCUGUGGCUGGCAGCUAUGAUAAUGAAGCUGUAGCUAUUUUUGCUUUAAUAUAUACUUUCUAUCUUUACAUCAAAACGUUGAACACCGGAUCCCUGUUUUAUGCAACUUUGAAUGCCAUAGCAUACUUUUAUAUGGUUUGUUCGUGGGGAGGAUACACCUUCAUAAUUAAUCUUAUUCCCAUGCAUGUGCUCCUUUGCAUUGUGACUGGUCGAUAUUCUCACAGGCUGUAUAUUGCAUAUGCUCCUCUGGUAGUUCUGGGCACAUUGUUAGCUGCAUUGGUUCCCGUUGUUGGUUUCAAUGCUGUCUUGACAUCAGAACAUUUUGCGUCAUUUUUGGUAUUCAUUAUUCUCCAUGUGGUUGCACUUGUGUAUUACAUCAAGGGAAUCCUUUCUCCACAGAUGUUCAAAGUAGCUGUAACUCUUGUAGUAACUGGUGGCCUGGCAGUGUGUUUUGCUGUAGCAGCUGUACUCGUUGCACUCGUGGCUUCUAGCCCUACAAUGGGAUGGAGUGGGCGAAGUCUUAGUCUCCUUGAUCCAACUUAUGCAAGCAAAUACAUACCGAUCAUUGCUAGUGUUAGUGAACAUCAACCACCUACAUGGCCAUCUUACUUCAUGGACAUUAAUGUAUUGGCUUUCUUGGUUCCCGCAGGAAUUAUUGCUUGUUUUUCACCGCUGUCUGAUGCAAGCUCGUUUGUAGUCCUCUACAUUGUGAUGUCAGUAUACUUUUCAGGUGUUAUGGUGCGCCUUAUGCUAGUACUAGCUCCAGCAGCAUGUAUAAUGUCUGGAAUUGCUCUAUCGGAAGCUUUUGACAUUUUUACUCGUUCAAUCAAAUUUCAGUUGCCCUCAUUGACUGAAACUUCCCCAGAUGAGGCAGGAGAAUCGAGUUCCGGCAAUGCUGAGAUACAAAACAAUGUGACAAAAACAGACAAAAAUGAAGAUGCCCAAAAAGAGCGGCCCUUGAAAAAAGGAAAGAAGAAGGAAAAGGAAGCUUCUGCGAAGGUUUCCUUGAAGUCCCGCAUUGAAAAAAGACUUCUCGUUUUACCAUUUGAAGCAUCUCUAAUCGCUUUGUUCUUAACUGUCUUGCUGGGUGGUUUUUAUGUGGUGCACUGUGUCUGGGCAGCAGCAGAGGCAUAUUCAGCGCCAUCUAUUGUUUUGACAUCUCAUACACAUGAUGGUCUGCAUGUUUUUGAUGAUUUCAGAGAGGCCUAUGCUUGGUUAAGCCACAACACUGAGGUGGACGAUAAAGUGGCAUCUUGGUGGGACUAUGGAUACCAAACAACAGCCAUGGCCAACCGUACUGUCAUUGUUGAUAAUAAUACCUGGAAUAAUACCCAUAUUGCCACAGUAGGAACUGCAAUGUCCUCUCCUGAAAAGGCAGCAUGGGAAAUUUAUAAUUCUCUCGAUGUUAAAUAUGUCCUUGUCGUAUUUGGAGGUCUUGUGGGCUACCCCAGUGACGAUAUCAAUAAAUUCCUAUGGAUGGUUCGCAUAGGAGGUGGUGAAUUUCCUCAUAUAAAGGAACCUGAUUAUCUGAGAGAUGGUCAGUAUCGCAUUGACUCUCAGGCAACACCGACGAUGCUUAAUAGUUUGAUGUACAAGCUUUCUUACUACAGAUUUGUAGAAACAGAUGGAAAAGCAUACGACAGAGUUAGGAGGACCGAAAUCGGGAAGAAACAUUUCAAGCUUACACAUUUUGAGGAGGCAUUUACAUCUCAUCACUGGAUGGUUCGGAUUUAUAAAUUAAAGGCUCCAAAGAACAGAUUAAGAGGAAAGAUCAAGAAAUCAAAAUCGAAAACAAGCUCAAAAAGAAGCAGCACCGCAAAAAGGAACCCAUGGCAGUAACUUCUUUUUCCAGUCCUUUUUGCAUUUUUUUUAGAUUAGGGAAGACAUAGGUCACUCAAUUUGUAACCCAUAGGGCUUCUAGAGAGAACCAUAGAGCAUUUGUUGAAUCUACAAUGCCUGGGCCUUUAGCAAUAGCUUAUUUACGUCAACUGGGCCCUGAAAAUGGAAAUGUGUAACAACCUGUACUAAAACAGUAACCAUUGAGAGAGCUUCUACUUAAUCACACAGAUAGUUUUUUUGCACCUGAAAA